GGUCAUCACGAGGCGCCGUGCUGGGAAGCGGGAAGCGCAGAGUCUUCUGAGCCAUUAUGGCAGUCAAGUGGACUGGUGGACAUUCUACUCCUAUUCUCUGCCUGAAUGCAAGUCAAGAAGGGCUGGUAGCUUCUGGAGCAGAGGGCGGAGAUCUCCACCUCUGGGGUGAAGAUGGGACUCCGUUGGGACACACACGCUUCCAAGGGGCUGAUGAUGUUACCAGUGUUGUAUUCUCUCCCUCCUGCUCCACCAAGCUCUAUGCUUCACAUGGGGAAAACAUUAGCAUACUGGAUGUCAGGUCUCUCAAAGGUUCCCUGGACCAUUUUCAUGUGAAUGAAGAAGAAGUCAAUUGUCUUUCAUUGAAUGAAACUGAAAACCUACUGGCUUCUGCUGAUGACUCCGGGGCAAUCAAAAUCCUAGACUUGGAAAAUAAGAAAGUUAGCAGAUCCCUGAAGAGACAUUCUAAUAUUUGCUCCUCUGUAGCUUUUCGGCCUCAGAGACCUCAGAGCCUGGUAUCAUGUGGACUGGAUAUGCAGGUGAUGCUUUGGAACCUUCAGAAAGCCAGGCCAGUCUGGAUUACAAAUUUACAGGAAGAUGAAACAGAAGAAAUGGAAAGCCCACAAUCACCUGGUCAGCUUUUAAACCCUGCUUUAGCCUACUCUGUGUCUGUGGCAUCUUGUGGCAAUAUUUUUAGCUGUGGUGCAGAAGAUGGUAAGGUUCGAGUUUUUAGGGUGAUGGGAGUCAAAUGUGAACAGGAACUAGGAUUUAAGGGCCACACUUUGGGGGUAUCCCAGGUCUACUUUCUGCCACAAUCCUAUUUGCUACUUACUGGAGGGAAUGAUGGAAAGAUAAUGAUGUGGGAUAUAAGCAAUGAAGUUGAGAAAAAACAGAAAAGCCCUACAAAACAUACUCACAGGAGGAAAACUAAAAGGCAAGGUGGAAAACCUAAUGCUUCAGGAACAGAUGAAGAACGUGGCAAAAUUUUACCAAAGCUAAGUAUUGAACAUGGAGAAAAAGUGAACUGGCUCUUGGGUGCAAAAAUAAAGGGACACCAAAAUAUAUUAGUAGCUGAUCAAACCAGUUGUAUAUCUGUAUAUCUCUUAAAUGAAUUUUAAACCCAAUAAAAACAUUUGAAAAACUGCAAGACAGUUUUUCGUUUGUUUUUUUUUUUUAGAUUAAAAAAGCCCUGAUUUUUCACUUAAGCCAUCUGUGUUAUGCAGAGUAACAACAAUCCAUUGUAUAAAUUUUAAGACAUUUGAAUAAAAAAGAUAAUAUUUCAUGCAAUAAAUGACAUUAAAAUUUAGGGGAAAAAACUAACAUUCACUGAGUACCGGCCAUAUACUCAGCCACUCAGCCAUUUCAUAUAUAUUUCAAUAUGUAAAUUACAUAUGUAUUUUAUGUAUAUUUAACUUCUUAUUCCAAAUCAAAGAAGUAGGUGAUUUCCCCCAUUUUAAGGCCACAGAAAUCGAGGUACAGUGAUGUUAAGUAAUUUAAGAAUCCAGGAAAAUUGCAGGCACAAUUAACUCACCAACAAAAGACCUUGGUUGUCUUAUCAAGCCUCCUGCUUUAGGGAAAUCUGUAUCUUGAUCCAGUUGUGGUUACAUUAGUUAUUUUGGAUCCUGGAAUGUCAUGAAGAUCCUUACCAAGUUGGAGGAAGAAAGAAACCUGUUCAUGUUUGUUCUAUGUAAAACCCAAGUUUUGCUACACCUUUUGCUAAUGUUUCUAAGAAGAGCAUGCCAGGGUCAGAUUAUUUUAAGAUAUUAUGUAACAAUCUGCCAUGUUGCUGGUAGGGCCAAGAAUAAACUGAAGUUAUGAAUAAGCAGAAACAUGACUAAGCAAAAGAUAAUGAGGGAUUAGAGACUAGAGGCCCAGGUAAUGUGUCGAGUAAGUUCCUUUUCAUCAUGGCCUAAUUGCUGUCUUUUCUGUAUGUUCUUUCAGCCUCUGAUUAUACUGUCUACUCUUUUUUUUUUUUUUUAAACGAAUGUACUUUAAAUUGACCUACAGAUUAAAAAUUACUUACUGAAGACCAGUGGUCAUUUCACUUCCUAAUCUGUUAAAGCUGGAAAACCUCAAGGAACUUGGUUAACCACUUACUCUUAUUGUUUCACCCCAUCUACAUAAUUCUGCCUACUGUAAAUAUUUAAAGUUUUGAAAACAAUCUAAUUGGUUAACAUUAUCCUUGUUUGUGUGGAACUUUUUGAUAAGCUCAAUCACAUUGCAGAUGACAAAAACCAAAUUCAGAAUGGCUUAUGAGAAUUAAAAGGAAUUUUUUGACUCUUAUAACUGAAGAUUCCAAGCAUAAUCAGGCAUAUGGUAACUAAGUUGUUUGGAUGUAAGACUAUAGGUCCCCUGCCCUUAUGGAAGUCUUUCCCGGAGGUAGAAAGAGAAUCCUCACAGUAAUUUUGAGCCUAGAGCCAACCAUGCCUGAAACAAGUAUACCUGAAGCCUUUUUCCCCCCACUCCACUGAAGCUAUUUGAACUGGAUUUUAACGUGGAACUAAAUCAUUCC